GUGAGUGGACUGUGAAGGCGCUCCAAGAUGGCGGAAGUGGAGGCAAGCAAGAGUUCGGUGGGCGCGCUGCUCAACGGCAUCGCACAGCAAAUAUUCUACCGAAAUAGCGAAGUGACAGAGGAUCUGCUGAAAAGUCAACUUUACCCCGAUGCCACACAGCAACAAUUCAAGGCUUUGUACGAGAAAAUGAAGGCGCUCCUUAAGUCCAUGGCCACGGCCGAUAUGGACCACGCCCAGCUGGAGGCCUUUCUCACAGCGCAGACCCUCAAGCAAGGGGCAGGUGGGAUCACUCCAGAGGAGGCCGCCGCCCUGGCCCGUUUCUGGAAGAGUCAGCGUGGACGCGUCCGCGAGAGCCUUCUGAUGCAAAGCUGCUGGGAGCCCACCCUCAAGGGCCUGUCCUGGAGAGUGGACCUCCAAACGGCGGUCGCCCACGGGGGGCCGCCCCCCACCGUGCCCGUCGCUCUGCUGGAAUUGGAACUAGGCAGCGGCCAGGUGUCGGACUUUCUGUGCGUAGAGAUGGAUGACCACAAUGUACAGCAUGUCCUGAACAAGAUGGCUGACAUCCAGGCCGCCAUUGAGACCAUCGUCCAGCGCACUUGAUGCAUGCAAAUUCCACAUGUGCUUGUUAAAAUCAUCAGCAUGGCAGCUGUGCAUGCCAACAUGGCUGCAACAUGGAAAUGUCUUGUGAAACAUUGCGGGACCUCGUUGGCAAGAUUAGACUGUUUUUUUCCCUGACUUCAGGAGGACCUCGGAGAGAAAGUAUUGGAUCACACUUGCUGGGCGGGUGGUCUUCGUGGGACCUAUAAGCUUCAGGAUCAUUAUCACGUGUUAUAAUAAUCACCAAUGUAUUUUCAGCAUGAAUUGUGUUGUUAUUCAGUGUGCAGAGUGUCCUUCCUGUGCAGUCUUGCAUCCCACGCAGGGGCGCCGUAUAGGGGUGAAAAGUGAUAUUGAUUCUAAGGGCCCAUGCCCUGUUGGGGCCCACAAAGAUAAAUAGAACAUUAGGUAAUCGUUUGCAAAUUUAAAUAUUAAUCAUUAGAAUGUUAAUAGGAAUAAAACGAAGGGUUUCUUUUUCUUGUUUUGUUUUUGGCAAAAAGUAAACACCCAGAGAGCAUAUGUAUUGCCAGCCACCCCCGUAUUUUCAUUAAAUGGUUUGGUCCGGUCUUCCAUCAAUCAGACCGGGAGCAGCGGUGCGCAUUUACGCCAGUCAAUGACUCGGAGUGAGCAGUACUACAGAAAUGUUUUCAAAACAAAAAUUGGGUUAUCAAAAGAGGAAAGAAAAGAAAGCAAAACAGGAGAGGGCUAGAAAAGGCCAAAAGGAUGUGACAAAGUACUUCACAAAGGAAGGUUGGUGUCUUGUGUCAGUGUAGUGCUGAAAAUUAACCUGUUAUCUUAGCCCACUCCAGCCCCAUCUGGAACCUCACAAUGUCUAUUACAAAGCUCCGAAGCAAGGUCCCGUAGGAAAUGCGGGAUUUUCCCGGCCCAAUGAGCGACAUUCACCUAUUCAAAAACAUUAAUUCCAAAUAAUGGGCAUUUUUUGGUAUCCUACAAAGGUUGAAAGUUGGUGUGGAAAUUUUCUUUUUAAAAAUCGGCUUGAAUCUAGUUUGUCAAGAAUUUAUUGAAUUUAGUUUGUCAUCAAUUGAAUUUAGUUUGUUAACAAGGGACCUCGCUUCAGAGCUGUAGCCUAUAGUGGAGAUCGCGAGUUUCCAGAUGGGGCUAAGCCUACUCAAUUAUGAAAUACUGUAAUUGUUUGCUAGCUAGUGUUUGCUCCACUUUUAGCUUACAUUUAAACAGUACAGCAGGCAAACACUUAGCAAGCUCUAUAUACUAAAACAGUUGUAUACUGUAGUAUAGUUACAACAAAACAUUCUAAGUCAUUCAUUAUGGUAUUUGCUUUGAGAAUAUUUCUGAUAAAAGUAUAUUUAGAUUGUAAAAGAUGGCCUUCAGUACAUUUCUUAUAGAUGAUAUCAGUCUAUUCAUUAUUGCUCUAUAUGCUGUAUGUUUACAUAAAUAUAUUUUCAUCUUAAAUUAAUGCAGAAAAUGCACAAAUUAGUGUGUAAAGAUGCACCAGAAUGCAGGAAAUUACGUAGUUGAUAAUCUAAAUGUGUGUGUCCCCUGGCACUGGUGGUGGGGCCCAAAGUGAUAUCUUUUCAUGGGGCCCAAAAUCCCUGACAGCGCCCUUGAUCCCACAUAUCCUAGUUGACCCAGAAUGGGUAUGGCCUGGCCAUCAGCCAAUCACAGAACUCAUGGACAAACAGAACUGAACGCUAGUGAAUGUCAGGGCAUGCUUUGACAAUGGUCUGGUUGCCACAUAACCCUUCCAUGAACAAAUUAUGGUGUUUUGUUUGUUUGUUUUUAACCCGAACAGGGUACACAUUUAACUCAUCGGGUGCCUCUGAUGAUACUAGACAUCCAAUCCAUUUUGGCUGGGAGGGGGUGAACGGACGAACCUUAGACUGUCAACAUAGCACAUCCAGCGCCAUGAAACAUGAGCAUUCACAGCCGGUCUUCCCCUGUUUAAAUAAAUUGGACGUCUAGCGCCAUUAAUGGUGUAGCUGCCAUUACGGCAGAAUAAAGAAAUAAAUAAUUGACUCUUUGAUCUGGGGGUGUAAUGUUAAGUAUUUAGUUUCUUUGAUAUGGGGUGGGAACUAAAGUUCACUGCCGCGUGUUGACGGGCACUAUUAAGCGUUACAUCGGCUUAUUAUCUGAUGAACACUACUAGAGUACAGACAACUUUUCAGUACCUCUGAUUAAGAUCAACAAGGAAACAUCUCAAGUGCAUAGUGCAUCGAAGAAUUGAAGCUGAACUAAUUUCCUCUGGAGUAUGCGGCCAAUGAGGUAAUUUAGUUUGUGUUAUUUGUUAGUUUGCGUUAAUUGACUUAGUUUCUGUUAGAGUAGUUAUGUAUUCAUGUUGUUUUAUGUUUCUGUGUGAAAAUAAUUUGACUUCAUGUAUAUAUUUAUCUGUGCUGUAUGAAAAUGAUCUGACUUAAUGUAUAUAUUUGUCUGAACUGACUUUAUGUA